AUGGUCGUCGGAGAUAAAAGGCCACGGGCCGGGGCGUGCACAACCUGUCGAGUUCGCAAGAGACGCUGUGUCCCUGCUGGUGACAAGUACAAUAAUUGCGAACUCUGUUUGUCCCUGGCGAUUCCGUGCAGCCUUAGUACGGAACCCGGGGUGUUUGCUGCUGCGACAAAUGGCGCUGCGGCGGCGUCCCAUCACCCUGUAGCGGAGAAGCUGCCAGCGCCUGAACCCCCGCGGGCUCAGAUCAAGCCGGUGAGAAGGAUCCAGGAGUUACCGCCUGUGGAACCUCUUCUGGACCUGUAUUUGCUGGCCACGCCGGCUCUUUUUCUGGAGCUGGUGUCUUUGUAUUUUCGGUCUAUCCACAAUGUUGCGCAUACAUUGUUCCAUGAGGCCAGCUUUAUGCGCCUGUUGAAUGAAGGCAGAGCGUCGUUGAUGCAUGUGCAUGCCAUGUGCGCGCUCGUUGCGAGAUUUUCGAAGAAUCCUGUCUUUAAUGGCGUUGCUCCAGAGUCACGUGGCAAGCUCUAUGCUGGCGAGGCCAUUCGCUUAUUCCAGGAGAGGGUGAACUAUCCCAGCUUGGAAACUGUUCAGGGAGCGGUUCUUUUGGGGCAUCUCGUUGGGGGAGAAGGAGAUGCGCAGGCGAAGCAGGUCUACAUCGGCAUCGCCCGCACACACGCCGAAGUACUCUCUCUAUGGGCCAUGCCACCAAACUCCACCGUUGUGCAUCGAGAAGAGCGGCGGCGGACUUGGCUUUCCAUCCGGAUUGCGGACCCGUGGACUAUCAUUGACAUGUCUGUGAAUUCGGGAGCUUCUCUCAACAACUUCAAUGUGCUCCCGGAGGUAGACGAUGUGGCGUUUCACACGUAUGACCCGGAACUCUUGCGAGAGGUGCCUGUUCCGUCCUCGUCGAGAUGUGACAUGUGGGCGCAGAUGGCGGGGACGUUGGACAUAUACACCCGAAUCAGCGUCCUUCUUACCCGACUCAGCCGCGGUGUCAUCACCUUUGACGCCUAUCUCAGCGAGGUCCCCUUGCUGAAAGAUAGUCUGGACGGAUGGGUUCGGGGUUUGCCUCCCACAUUGGCCUACAGCUCCAAGAAUCUCGCGUUCUUUGCCAAACAGGGCCUGGGUCGGAAUUUCCUCGCCAUGCAUAUUGUUUACCAUCAUUUCCGGCAAAUGCUUUUCUUUCCCUCCCUGGAUGCACGAGCAGGGCGAAACGCAGCGUCAACCGCAGACGGCAUUGCUCAAUGCAGAAAAAGCGCCAAUGCGAUCUCUGAAAUCAUCGAUUGCUUCACAAAGGUGGACGAUUGCCAGCUGGACUACUUCCUUUACGGGCACGUGGCCAUCGUCAGCUCUUGUGUCUACAUGCAGGCUCUGAUUCUUAGCGAGGAGUUGUCGGAGCUGAGUACCGCACGGCUCCAUCUAGUCUCGAAUUUUGAAUACCUGAUGGGUUUGAAAACACAUUGGCCCGCGGUUCGGCAAUCGAUUGCCCGCCUCCGCGACUUUCAAACCACUUACCAAGAUACCAUGAGCAAUCCGUUCAACUUGGACCACUGGCUGGCCCGCUUUGUCAUCGAGCAUACUGCCAUCCUGGCGGAGCGGCAAACGCCCGGGCUACAACCCUCGAGCCUUCCGCAACCAUCGCAAUACAACACCAGCGACGAGUCCGGGAUCCUCGGGCUGACGGGCAGCCUCAAAACCGAGUCUUCGCUUCUGAUUCCGCCGUCGCACACCAGAGUGUCUGACCGAGAGAGCGGCAAGCUGUCUGCUCUUCUCAAUGACCACAGUCUGACCAGCGAGGCGCUCGUGAACAACGCUCUGAAUUGGUUGUUGGAGUAG